CCUACGCUUUCGGUCGGCAGCCAGACGGCUACAAUUGCGUCUAUGCAUGUGUACGUUCAUUCAUAAAUUUUUGACUGACUGCGUAGUGCGUACUGCCCGUCUGCUCGUUUUGUGGCUUUUUCAUGCCUUUGUUAUUUGUAACACUGUAACAGAGGCUUUGUUUGCUAAAUUUGUAUUUUUUCCGAUGAAUUAAUGGAAAAGUUCAAGAAUUAUGAAGGGUUCAAGAAUUUAAGUUUGCAUAUGCGUUUAUUCCUGCAUAUCUCCGGUUUGACUCAAUGAGAGUGAUCUUUGGUUGUCGUUCGUGAAAAAUCCUCAUCAAAAACUUACCACCAACAUGAGAGCUUCGAAAUAAUUCACUUUGGUGUAGAAGUAGCUAACCAGGUCUUUGUUACUUUGUGUACUUGUAAAAGCUGUUGGAGUUGCGAUAUGUGUGAGUAUCAUUUGGCCUUUGGCUAUCAAUUUCGAGACGAUGCUUUGGAUUGUGAUAACUUGAAGGAUAUGCUUUUGUAACUUCGGCUGAUGUGGCAAGCGGACGAGAAGCUGUGCUUUGGGACAUCACGAGACAGAAAAUGCACUUUCACGACGGGAUGCGGAAAAUCGGUUCGGCAUUAUUGUACGCUAUCUGCUCUCUCCUGCUUAUGACGAUCAACAAGAGCGUCUUGACGUCGUAUGGGUAUGUGCACGCUGCAGCAAAUUCCGAUGAAUGUUUUUUUUAGAAAAAACGCUUAUAAAUUGUUUGAUUUGUGUGCGUUUGAGCAGAUUUCCAUCUUAUGAACUGAUUUGCGCAGGUAACUGUAGUCACUAAUCACUGAUAGUCUGAAAAAAAAAGGAUAAAUGAAAUCAUGCAACGUAAUAUCAUCACUAAUAUGUACCAAUUGAUUCGUGAGACACGUGAGACUCUUUGACGUGAGACAGUUUGAUUUACAAUGUAUAUUGUCUAAACUGUUUUUGUUAACCAGAUAGCAUUUUUGUUUUGACGGUACGAUUUGGGAAUCUUGAGGAUUUGUUAUAAGCAUCUUCAUUUAUUUUAUGCCGAACAAUGUGCCAGCUGCUGCCGUGCCAGAUUUACUUCGUAUGCAGUUGACCAAAAUUACUGAUUUCAGAUGAUUACCACGGUAGUGGUUUUAAGCACUACAAAAGGUUUUAUUCAGCACUUUUUCCCAACCCGACCCCACAUGGUUUUCGAAAGGUAACAGCUUACAGAUCGUGAACAGGAUGGAAAACCUUCGCAGCACUGUAAACAUUGGCAGGCUGGGAAACAGAAACCAACCCGAAAUAUCAAUAUAACUACACAUAGGACAAUUACGCAGCCUCUAAUACAAAAUCGCAAUACUAACCUGAUCAUUUUUGUGCCGCCAAGUCCAAAAAACAAAUUACCGGCGAAAAUUAACGACAGUGGAGCAACCUGAAAGGUUCAACGGUAACGAUAAAGCUCCAUGAAAGCUCCUCGAAGCAGUGCUGUUUGCGGACUACUGGUUUCUGCGGUGAGGAUACUUUAGUUUUCGAAUAGCGUUAUUCCAUCGCGGUCAGUCCAGACCGCCGUGUGUGGUAUGGUUCUGGGAAGUGUUGUGGCGGCUGUGCAUGACUUGUCGUUCACUUAUACGGGAUAUUUCUUCGUCCUCAUGAAUGAUGUUUUCACGGCUGCUAAUGCCGUAUGCAUUAAGAAAAUUCCCAAUUCCAAGGAACUGGGGCAAUAUGGAUUGAUGUUAUACAGUUCCGCGCUCAUGUUGAUCCCGUCGCUAGUGUAUACUUGUGGGACAGGCCAGCUGACUAAGGCAAUGGAGUUUGCGAAAUGGACAGAUUUGGGAUUUGUUGUGCGCUUUGGCUUAUCCUGCAUUAUGGGAUUCGUGAUCAAUUAUACAGUCGUAUUGUGUACCCAUUAUAAUUCGGCUCUCACAACGACAGUAAUUGGCGCUUUAAAGAACAUUUUGACAGUAUACUUUGGGAUGUAUGUUGGAGGAGAUUACAUUUUUGAUGUCUGGAAUUUUCUGGGAUUGAAUAUCAGUGUGGUUGCCCGUCUAUUAUAUUCCUACGUGGUAUUUUUCGAGUCUGAAAGGAAGCAGACAAAAACAGUCCGUGUGUUUACUGGAAUAUCGGCGGUAUAAAGGAACGUGCUACAGCCUUUCCAGAAUUCCUUACCAUAUGUGUCCUUACAUUUUGCUGUGAUAUGGAUAUCUUCCAUAUUCUUUAUAAGAAGUUUUUAUAACAGUAUUACUCUGUACAAUAUGCUCGUUUUGCGUUGUUUUAUUGCAGUUUGGUUUGAGCUGUCUCUGCACAUUGUUUGAAUUUUAAGUUCAGAAAUCUCACGUGUACCUAAAUUCUUAAAUCGUCAAUGCUGCGAAAGAAUCAUUUUAAGCAAACUAUUUGACGCAGUUCUUUACGUUGCCAAAUUUCUGUUGAAAAUUACGUAUAAAAAAACAACAGGCAAAUGCCGAAAUGCGGCUCUUUU